CAAAGGUUGUUCAGAUCCAUUUCACCCAUCAUAACAUAUGACCUGACAGUUUAAAAAUGAUGGCUGCAUAUCUUGCAUUUCUGGCAACGUGUUUUUUUAUGUUACAACAAUGUGAGCCGUGUGGUCUUUCAACACACAUAGAGAUAGCACACAGAGCUCUGGAGUAUUUCAGUCAGAAUGAAAGAAAAGUUAACUACAGAGAGCUGCUUCAGAACCAUCUCGAUGCAUACCAGGCUGGUAGUGUAUACCCUGAUGCCUUUUACCAGGGCAUCUGCAUGCAAGGAAAAUAUCACUAUGUAUCAGAAGAUUCCCACUGGACACCUUUCUUGAAAACCAGCAUUAAUUAUAUUAGAAGAACAUAUCCACUGCCAUGGGACGAGAGAGCACAGAAACUGGUGGCCUUCCUUUUCGGAAUAGCUUCCCAUCAAGUAAGUGAUGUGAGUUGGCACAGCCUGAACAUUGAUCAAGGAUUCCUCAGAGCAAUGGCAGCAAUUGACUUCCAUGGCUCAUAUUCAGAAGCCCAUCCAGUUGGUGAUUUUGGUGGUGAUGUACUCAGCCAAUUUGAACUCGAAUUUAAAUAUCUGGAAACAAAAUGGUAUAUUCCGGUAAAGGACCUUUUUAACAUAUAUGAGGAAUUCUACAAUAAGACAGUCAUUGAUGAGAGAACAAUUGUUGACUGUAUGUACAUCCUCUUCCUGCAAGUCUAUGGUGAAUAUUUUGCUGUUUCUAAGCUCUACACUACAUAUGCUACAAAAUCCCCCUUCUUGGUGGAACGAUUCCAUGAAUACUUUCUGGGUGGUGUUGAUGACAUGGCGUUUUGGUCCACUAACAUAUUUCAGUUUACGAGUCUCAUGUUAGAUAAUGGUACUAGUGAAUGCUGCUUGCCUGAAAAUCCUAUCUUUAUACAGUGCAACAGUGAAAAACGAGACCCCAAAGUUCCCAGAAGAAAGCUAUUGCAGAAGACUGAAUACUACAAAGACUAUAAUAACACAACAGAUGUGGUAUCAUCUGGAGCAGAUAUUGUCACAACAGAGUCUGGAGUUUACUUAAACAUAAGUCAGUGGGCAGAGAGAUCUAUGCAGCUGAUAAGUGAUGCCACUCGAUCAGUGACUUCAAUUCAAGUUUUUAAUUUCCUGAAUUCAAAGCAUAUUUUGACUCCAUCAGCCACCUAUUUUGUGAGCUCACCAUACUCCAGGCUUGGAUGGGCACUUACCACAGCAGAUCUCAAUCAAGAUGGCUGGGACGACCUGGUCAUAGGAGCUCCAGGUUGCAGUAUUCUGGGCCAUGUUCAAGUUGGCUGUGUCUACAUAGUUUAUGGUAAUGACUCGGGACUACCUUCUGUUAACAUGGACCUAGAGAGGGAUGCUGUUGUCUUGUUGAAAGGAUUGGAGCCCUCUGGACGGUUUGGCUCUUCAGUGGUAGUGCUGGAUUUCAAUGCUGAUGGUCAGCCAGAUCUAGCCGUGGGAGCGCCAUCGGUAGGAGGAGGCCAGCUGAUAUAUACAGGUUCCGUAUACGUCUAUUUUGGGACCGGGGGUGGAGGCCUCUCUUCUCAAGCAAAUGUCACCAUAAAAUGCAGGGAAACCUAUUGCAAUUUGGGAUGGACCCUUCUGGCUGCUGAUUUGAAUAAUGAUAAGAAAGAUGACCUUGUAAUUGGUUCCCCUUAUGCACCAGGUGGAGGGAAGCAGAGAGGAUUGGUUGCUGCAUUUUACUCAAGUCGUAGAUCUAGAAAAGACAUCCUAUCUGUGGAAGAAGCAGAGUGGCUUGUGAUGGGAGAACAUGAUUAUGCCUGGUUUGGCUUCUCUCUUCAUAGUCAUAAAAGCAAGACAAAAACGUUAUUGGUGAUUGGGAGUCCUACCUGGAAGGCCCUCAAAGAAUAUGAUUAUGAAGACUUACAAAGUGUAGGGAAAGCCUAUGGAUUCUAUCCACCAAGUACAAACGCAACAUUUGUUAUAUAUGGGCAUUCAGAACACAGUAAGAUGGGUUCAUCAUUUGCAAGUGGGACACUAAACGUGAACGGGCAAAGAAAGAAAGUGCUGCUAAUUGGGGCACCUACACAAAAUACCAUUUUAAAAAUGAUGUUUAUUUCAAGAACUUUGCAUCAUGCUGGAACAUCCACAGUAUAUGAACUCAAAAAUACAAAGAAUCCAUCUCCACUGGGAACCCUAAGAGGGAGUGGAGAACUUUCCCGCUAUGGUUCAAAGCUGCUUCUAAGUGAUCUGGAUGACGAUGGCCUCGAUGAAAUCAUUGUGACCUCACCUUUAUGGGCUGGUGACUACACCUCAAUGUUCAGCUCUCAGGCAGGUCGAGUCUAUAUUUAUAAUGGAAAUACCACUUCUACGGGAUUGCUAAAAGAUAAAUGCAAAUCAUGGACUUCCCCGUGUCCUGAGGACUGGGCACAAUAUGUACUAGUCUCUCCUGAGGAAAAAUCAAGGUUUGGAAGUGCUGUGACUACUGUGAAUUCCAAACAAAAGAAGCAGGUCGUUGUUGCAGCUGUAAGAAGCUCCAAUAAAGCAAGACUAGCUGGAGCAGUGUACAUUUACGAUCUCAAAUGAAUAAUCCUGUAUAAUAAAAAU